GGAUCACAGUCUAACCUACAUUCGCACAAAGCGUAUUUUCCUGCUAAUUUUAUUAACUUAACUUUUUUUAGUUGCUAACAAGAACCACUGCACUGAACUGUACACUCUGCAUGUAUCUAUUGGGUAUUAAUUCGUUCUGGAAGAGCUGACACCAGUUCACUAACCUCACCUUUUAGUGUUGUUUAUGUGAAAACACAACAAUGAGUGAACUAAGUAAUCAAGACCAAUUGGAGACCUGUAGGCUCUGCCUCAAUCAUGCUGUGGGCAAAAUCAGCAUUUUCACCGGAGAUUUCGCCAGGAUGAUUGAAAUCCUGACCUCUAUAAGGAUCAAGCCAACUGAUACGUUUCCAAAAGUGUCGUGUUUGAAAUGUGCCAAGGAAGUGAAAACUGCGUUUUUAUUUAGACGAAGAAUCAUACGAUCCCACCAAUUACUGUCUUUGGUUAGACGUUCAAAGAAUACUACGAGUCCUGCUCCUGCCGCUCCUCCAGAGGCACUUAAACAUAGCCCUCCUACGCAACCAUUAAGCGACAUAUUUGAGUCUAAUCAAACUAGUCACAGUGAAGACUUGAAUGCUGAUUGCAUUGAAGAAAGCAUGGGAACAGUGACGUCCCCUGCAAGUAGUCCCAUUGCUAGUAAAACUCAACAAGCGCCAAGUGAAGAGAUGCAUCUAGAAAAACCAGAGUUUAUACUGGAAGAAAAAAGAAAACUCCGGGAAACAGUGCAAAACAACGCAACUAGAGAAGCAAGUCCCCCCUUAGUUGCCAAGCCAAAGGCGAAGACGCCUUUGAAAAUGAUUUGCAGCAUUUGCCAGAUGCAUUUUACCAACAAAAUCCACUAUAAAAACCACAUGUCCACACAUCAGCAUUCAGUGUGUCCCAUUUGCAAUAAGCAGGUGAAGAAAGGGUAUUUUAAGAAACACUUAGCACUACAUGAACACGCCCCUGUUAUGUGUGAGCUGUGCGGAAUCAGUUGCGAAAACCCUGCCAGGUUAAAGUUGCACACUAAGUACUACCAUCAGACAAAUGUGAGCGUUUGCGAAGAUUGUGGGCGAUCGUUCCGAACCAACACAAAGCUGUUUUACCACCAACGCAAGGAUCACAUAAAAGAGCGCAACUACAAGUGUGAAAUGUGCGGCAAAUGCUUCUUUUCCAAAGGGUACAUGGCGAAGCACAUCAGUAUGAAGCACAUGAAGAUGCGGCCUCAUAUUUGCGAAUACUGCGGCAAAGGAUAUUCGGGCAAGCACGCCUUGCGAACGCAUCUCAGACAGCACACAAAUGAGACUCCAUAUCGCUGCGAGUUCUGUGGAAAGAGUUUCCGACAGCGUGUCUCUUUAAGGGGGCAUCUGAAGACUGCUCAUCACGUUGAGGAAGAAAAUACUGUUGUUUGUGAUACAUGUGGCAAGGGAUUUACAACCGUAGUGGCUCUGACUUCGCACGCUAGACUUCACACCGAAAUCAAGUGUUCCUGGUGUUCAGAUACUUUUGCGGAUUUGAAUUAUUUGGAUCAGCAUAUUUCAACAGUUCAUCCGAACAGUUCAGAAGACAAUGCUGAUUUUCCAUCUGAGCUGAGUCCAGCAUGAUAUUUUUAAAAUGCAAAUAUUCUGCCUUUUAUAGUUUUUGUAAACAAAACGUACUAAAGCUAAGUUAAAUUAACUAUAUUUUUCCUGUUAGACGACGUGUGGAAAAAUGCGUAAAUUUCCCGUUUACCUGAAAAUAGUCAACUUAGCUUCUGGAAGCGUCACUAUCAACUCGUGACGUAAUGACGAUAUGUGCCAAAUUCGAACCAUAUGCAAUCUGAGAUUCUAACCCCAUAUUGUUGCUAAUGGUCAAUAUUUACAAAACUUCAAACAAUUUGUUUAGACUUUAAUUGUUAUUGAGCAAACUGUUUACAGUAUUGCAAAAUUGCAGUUAGCCAGUCAUGAAUUGCACAGUGAAAAUAAAGAAAACUAAUCGAAGUACCGCUGUAGAAGAUUUGCAAAAGCUGACCAAAGAGGAACUGAUCGCAAGGAUUCGCUCAACAGAGGCCCAUAACAUCCAGUUGCAAAAUAUAAUCAACAAAGCCACCCAUUCGACCAAGUUGAGUUCACAUAUCAGCCAAUUCGACUUUUCCAGGUGUAGGUUCAGACAUAUUCUUCUUCACCUCUACUAUUUGGGAUGGGAUUAUCAAGGCUUCGCCGUCCAGGAAGACUCUUCCAACACCGUAGAAUUCCAUUUAUUUCAAGCCUUAACUAAAACCUGCUUGAUCAAAGAGAGGACCUCGUCUAACUAUCAUAGAUGUGGGCGAACUGAUAAAGGCGUCAGCUCUUUUGGACAGGUGAUCUCAAUUGAUGUCCGGAGCAAACUGGCCGGCGAAGACAAUGAUCUAAGCAAAGAAAUCGACUAUUGCAGGGUUCUGAACCGAGUCCUGCCUGCUAAUAUUCAAUGCGUUGCCUGGGCCCCCGUUGAAGAUAAUUUUAGCGCUAGAUUCAAUUGCACUUCUAGGACUUACAAGUAUUAUUUUCCAAAAGGAAAGCUGGAUAUUGAUAAGAUGAUUGAGGCAUCCACACAUCUCAUAGGCAGUCAUGACUUUAGAAACUUUGCAAAAAUGGACGUAGGGAACGGCGUUGUUCAGUUUAUUAGGAAGAUAUUUGAUUUCACCAUUACACCUUGGGAUGCGAGUGAUAUGCGCAGCGAAUAUUCCAUUUACAUAGCCACCAUCAAAGGCAAUGCUUUUAUAUGGCAUCAGAUUCGUUACAUUAUGGGUAUUUUGUUCCUGAUUGGGACCAAUAGAGAAAAACCGUCAUUAAUACCAGAACUACUGGAUGUUGCGAAAAAUCCAAGAAAACCUGACUACAAUAUGGCCAGUGAGAUUCCGUUAAAUCUAUUUUUUUGUCAGUAUGAGGAUGUGGAAUGGCAAGUGAGCCAAGACAGUCUUAAAUGUGUGGUGGAAAAGCUGCAACAGAUAUGGACGUUAGCAGAAAUACAAAGUGUAAUGGCGAAAGACAUAAUAAAGAGCCUAUAUGGACACUUAGAAGAACCGCAAGAAAUAAGGUGUUUAAGUGAAAGCUUAAUAGGCGGAGUAAAGGCAAAACACUACACUGAAGUCAUAAAAAGGCAAAAAUGUGAGAGUUUGGAACACAAAAUUAAGCACUACUCCAAGCGAAAACGCAUAGAAAUAAUGCCCAACCAGGAAGAUUCAAACCAAUAAACUUUCUCAGACUUGAA